AUGCAUCCCUUGCAAGUAAAUAUUGUGUUCAUUUUAGCUGUUUUUGGACUGUCCGAAUCUGCCCAGCGAACAGAAGCAUGGAACAGAAUACGGUUAGUGGGUGGAAACAGAUACGGUGGCAGACUAGAGGUCAAGGGCAAUGGUGUGUGGGGCACGGUCUGUAAUAAAGGAUGGACAGACGCUGAUGCAUUGGUGGCCUGUCGACAUCUUGGAUUUUCAGGUGUUGUCACUUCACAAUUACAGCGUGAUCAAUAUGACGUAGGCACUGACCACAUACACCUAAUGCGGAUUGCAUGCUCUGGACGAGAGACGGCUAUUACUCGCUGUGCCAGAACCAUAGAUAAGACCUGUUCCCAUAGUGAUGACGUAGGUAUCGAGUGUCAGGUUCCUCGGCCUAUGCGUCCAUCAGUGUCCACUCGCUGCAGUUCGACUCAGUUCCGAUGUCCGACGUCUAAUACUUGUAUUCCUGCUCGCUGGCGGUGUAAUUACGUGGAUGACUGUGGUGACAAUGCGGAUGAAAACCAAUGUGAACCGACGACCAGUUUACCAAUGGUUGCAGAUCCGUUCCGUCUAAUGAACGGGGGUGGCCCGUGGGAGGGGAGACUAGAAAUCAAGUACGCCAACAUAUGGGGCACGGUGUGUAAUGACGGGUUCGAUAUCACGGCAGCCAACAUUGUUUGCCGCGAUCUUGGAUACGAGGGCGCCCGGUCUGUGCAAAGUUUCGGAUCUGGUCGUGGACAGAUCUGGCUAGACGAAGUCAGCUGUAUUGGGAACGAAACCUCACUGAUGAACUGUCGUAGAAACAAUUUAGCUGUCCAUGACUGUCGUCAUAGUGAGGAUGUUGGUGUCGUCUGCUACCCAUACAAACCUUGUGGUAUACAGAACAUUCCGGUCGUGUCAAGAAAGAUUGUUGGUGGGCAAACUGCCAAUCCUGGGAGCUGGCCUUGGCAGAUAUCACUUCGAGUCAUUCUACCUAGUGGGCGUUAUGACCACUUCUGUGGAGGGACACUCAUUCAUGAGGAAUGGGUCAUCACCGCGGCACAUUGUUUUGACAGCCUUCAAAGCUUGGAUGAAAUUCGUGUCGUCUUGGGAGAUCAUCGUUUGUCCGUAACUGAAAAACAGGAGCAGACUUUUCGGGUACGGAGCGUCACAGUUCAUGAGGACUACAGAAAAGGUCAUCAUGCACAUGACAUAGCAAUCCUUCACCUGGUGGGGGCAGCAAACCUGAACAGCUCUCAUGUCAACACUGUGUGUCUACCGAGCGAUGCCAACACACAGUUUGAAAGUGGACACAGGUGUUACGCUACGGGAUGGGGAGCAACUGAAGGUACAGGUGAUCAGGAUGUCCUCAGACAAGUCCGAUUACCAAUCUACCGUAACUCAGCCUGUCGCCACUUCUAUGGUUCCAGAGUGACGGAUAACAUGCUGUGUGCUGGUUAUGACUUCGGCGGCAAGGACAGUUGUAGGGGAGAUUCCGGAGGUCCGCUUGUAUGUAAAGCAAGCAGUGGACACAAGUGGACACUGGUCGGAGUGACGUCAUGGGGUGAAGGUUGUGCGAGGGUAGGGCAUCCCGGAAUAUACACUCGAACACAAAAAUAUCUUAAAUGGAUUCAGGACUUCGUAAUAGGAGGCCGGACUACACAUACCUUCAUAAGAUGA